AUGGCGAAAAACUUGCAAAAGGUCCAGAAGCAGAUUUCUAAAAAGCGAGGUGGCCUCGAUGCUCUCCACGCCAACAGCAGAGACUCCAAACGCUUACAGCGUGCAAGCGGGAGGGAAGGAAAACUGGCCCGGCUCGCCGCAGAACAUGUGAGGGGAAGACAAAUAUACUAUUCUAUCGAAGGCAUUGCGACAGCGCUGUCAGACGAAGAUUUGGCUCAAUUGGUGACGAGAUACCUCGCUCGCUAUACACCCGAGCUCACGCAGCUGCGGCAAGAACGAAGAAAAGGCAGGCCACCGAGUAAGCGGGAAGAAACCCUCACGCAGCGGGAGGAAGCAGAGGCCAAGGAGUUCUCCACAGGCUUCUGGAUUCCAGAUCUGGGGUCGCAGGAUAAUUUGCGGAGGUUGAAGGGGUGGAAUGGCGAUUGGUCGGCCCUGACCAAUGUGGACUUCGUUCGGUUGAGUAGCGACGGAAAGAAACUGAAAUCGACGUUUCCACCGAGGGGGCUUUCGUGA